AUGAACGCUCAAUCUGCUCCAGUCAUCGUCAUAGGCGGCGGCAUUGUUGGUGCCUCAAUUACCUGGCAUUUGGCCAAGGAAAAGAAGGAAGUCAUUCUUAUUGCAGAGACAGUCGGCGGCGUCGCGACCCCCAAGUCAUUUUGCUGGCUCAACGCGGCUGGUACAACGGAAAAAUUCUACUAUGAUUUCCGACGUCGCUCUAUGGCACGCUGGGUUGAAAUGGGCAAAGAGCUACCGGAUCUCCCGAUCCAGUGGGGUGGUGUCUUGGCUUGCGACAGAACUCCUGAAGAGCGCGAAGAAUUCUACGAACGUCAGCGUCUCUGGGGCACAAACAUUACGCGUCUGGAACAAACUGACCUUGCUGGACUUGAGUCGCAAGUCUAUGAGGCCCAAUUCUCCUUGGUGAAAUGGGGCCUUCAUGUUCCUGAAGAGGGAACUAUCGAAGCAUACGCCGCUGCAGCGAAGCUCAUUGCUCACGCCCAAUCUCUCGGCACUAAGGUGCUCAAAGAGAGUGUUACUGGAUUUCUGAAGAACGACAAAGGGCGAGUCUCAGGCGUAGUAACGGGCUCUGGGCACGUGAGUGGCAGCCACGUCAUUCUGGCUGCUGGUCUUGGAAGUGUUCCAUUGUUGGCAACAGAGAACAUCAAGCUUCCUUUGACUGGUCGCGAGGGUCUCCUUGCUAACACCGCACCGACUAAAAAGCGAUACCUGAAUACCUUGCUCCGCUUGCCAGGCUUGCAUAUGCGCCAGGCCCUCGAUGGGCGCAUUGUUUUCGGCGCGUCCUUCGCUGGCGGACAGCCCGGCGAUGACCCGCAAGCAACAGCAGAGGAUCUUUUCAACCAGGUACAAAAGACAUUCAAGGAUGGAAACAAGCUUGAGUUUGGUCAUUAUACUGUAGGUGUACGACCUGACCCGGAGGAUGGCUAUCCCAUUCUCGGUUCCACGGGCUUGGAAGGGCUUGACCUGGCUGUGAUGCACUCUGGCGUGACGAAUGCUGCGCUGGUUGGCGAGCUCCUAGCCAAGAAGAUUCUCUACGGCAUCGAAGAUCAAAUGCUCAAGGACUAUCGUAUAGAUCGGUUUAAGAGUUAUGCAAAACUCUAA